AGUGGAAAUGCAGGAGGAAAGGCUCGGGUCCCGGCUUCUAGAGCGACUUCUCUGCUCCCCGUCUCGUUGGUUCCGGAGGUCCUUCCGCCGUGGGAAAUGCUGGCGCGCGCGGCUCGGGGGACUGGGGCCCUUUUGCUGAGGGGCUCCGUACAGGCUUCUGGCCGUGCUCCGCGUCGCGACUCCUCUGGAUUGCCCCGAAACACCGUGGUACUGUUUGUGCCGCAGCAGGAGGCCUGGGUGGUGGAGCGAAUGGGCCGAUUCCAUCGGAUCCUGGAGCCUGUGAGAACCUCUUCUGCCCACUCAAGGCCUAGCUUGGAUCCCAACCCUACAACCCUCAUUCUUCUGAGGACCCAUGACUCCUCUUCCCAGGGCUUGAACAUCCUCAUCCCAGUGUUAGACCGGAUCCGAUAUGUGCAGAGUCUCAAGGAAAUUGUCAUCAACGUGCCUGAGCAGUCGGCUGUGACUCUUGACAAUGUAACUCUGCAAAUUGAUGGAGUCCUUUAUCUACGAAUCAUGGACCCUUACAAGGCAAGCUACGGUGUGGAGGACCCUGAGUAUGCUGUCACACAGCUGGCUCAGACGACCAUGAGAUCAGAGCUUGGCAAACUCUCUCUGGACAAAGUCUUCCGGGAGCGGGAGUCCCUGAAUGCUAGCAUUGUGGAUGCCAUCAAUCAGGCUGCUGAUUGCUGGGGCAUUCGCUGCCUCCGUUAUGAGAUCAAGGAUAUCCAUGUGCCACCCCGGGUGAAAGAGUCCAUGCAGAUGCAGGUGGAGGCAGAGAGGCGGAAACGGGCCACAGUUUUAGAGUCUGAGGGGACCCGAGAGUCAGCCAUCAACGUGGCAGAGGGGAAGAAGCAGGCACAGAUCCUGGCCUCCGAGGCGGAAAAGGCUGAACAAAUAAAUCAAGCUGCAGGAGAGGCCAGUGCAGUUCUGGCCAAGGCCAAGGCUAAGGCAGAAGCUAUUCGGAUCCUGGCUGCAGCUCUGACACAACAUAAUGGAGAUGCAGCAGCUUCACUGACAGUGGCCGAGCAGUAUGUCAGUGCGUUCUCCAAACUGGCCAAGGACUCCAACACUAUCCUGCUGCCCUCCAACCCCGGCGAUGUCAGUAGUAUGGUGGCUCAGGCCAUGGGUGUGUAUGGGGCCCUCACCAAAGCCCCAGUGCCAGGGGCCCAGGACUCAGUUUCCAGUGGGAGCAGCAGAGAUGUCCAGGGCACAGAUGCAAGUCUUGAUGAGGAAUUUGAUCGCGUCAAACUGAGUUAAUGGAGCGGGGCUUGGCCAGGGAGGCUGGGGACAGGGAAACAGUACUCCCAGACUCUGGCUCUAGCUUCCUUGCCAAGAUUUUGUUAUUAUUUUUUUAUUUGAACUUUAAUCGUGUAAUAAACUUGCCAGUGGCAAACCAGAAA